AUGCAAAUUAAAACCGGUCAGUUCCGGUUGUGAUUGUAUGGUACUCCUGUCGGACACUAAUUCAACUGAACUAACGUUCGCCAGGUGUGGGUUUUGUUCUUUCCAUAUUAAAAAAAGAAAAAUAAUCUCGGAGGUGUUUCGGUGUUCAACUAGCAAAUUCGAGGACAUUAAAGAAAACCUCUGGAGGUAAAAUGAGGUCGAAGUGAAAAGUUUUAUCCGUCUUGAUUAGGGGAUUGACGGCGCCAUUGUUGACAACAUUUGAUGCUUACUGUGUAAUGACACAUACCUCUGAAUCAUGGGUUGGUAAACAGGAUGCUUUCAAAAUGUCUUCAAUGCAAGGAUUGCCAACACCAGGAUCAAAUGUAAAUGUUCUUAUAUCUAGAAUCCACUUGCAUCCACGAUGUGUGCUCAUUGAGUUCUGGGGAAAAUUUGGCAGUGAUAGAUGUGCAGAAUUUGAAUGCUUAACAAGAGAGAUUCAGUUUGUUGAGAAGUCUCUGAAAGAAUUUGAAGGAUGUCCUGGGGACCAUUGCUUGGUGGAGGUGGAUGGCACUUGGAACAGGGCCCGCAUUGUCUCAAAAAAUGACUAUGAAUAUAGAGUUUUCCUUUUUGACAAAGGAGUGACAAAAUGGACUACAACGCAUUUCCUGGCUUGGGGUAAAAAGGAAUAUUUUAACCUUCGACCAGAAGUGGAGUUUUGUGUCCUAGCAAAUGUGUUGCCACUCCCAACUGAAAGCAAAUGGUCUCCGAGAGCUAUUGAAUUUCUGAAAACACUCUCUGGGAGUGCUGCGUUAGCACAUGUCCAAGAUGUCCUGGUGCCCCAAAGAACAUUUGUCUUGCACAUCCCCAUCAUAUCCCAACAAAUGUAUGAGAUGGGAUUUGCCAAGAAGUUAUCUCCAGACAUCUUUCAGGAUUUUGUGUUGAUGUCUCUCAUAUCUGCUUGUGUAGCUGAAAUGCAACCACAAAAUCAACCGAUUUCUAAGGAAGCAGGUGUACUAGACAAGCAUGAGCUCUUCGUGCGUCCAAAUCUUCCAGCAGGAACUGUGGAGACAGUCAUAGUCACCCAAGUGACAAGUCCACACAAGAUUUUUUGCCAGUUGAAGGAUUUUUCAACAGAUCUGAAGAACGUCUCAGAUAAACUCACACAAUACUACGAGGACCAAACUAUUGCCUACGUUGUUGGCCCAAACAUGAUUGGAUUCCCCUGUGCUACAAGAGGAAGUGACGGCAGGUGGUACCGUUCUGUUCUACAACAGGUAUUUCCAAACAAUGGUGUGGUGGAAGUGUUGAACAUCGACUUUGGAACAAAACAGCUGGCUGAGCUCGAUAAUGUGAGACCACUAGCUCCAAAAUUUCUCAAGUUCCCUGUUGUAACUUACAUCUGUUCACUCUAUGGGAUCGUCAACAGAGGCACUGAGUGGAAACCCUGCCAAAUCGAUUUUCUCAGACACCUUCUUCUUUACAAGACAGUGGUUGCCAAAUUUGAAUACCAAAAUGUGUCUGAAGGUGUUCACUAUGUCACACUCUAUGAUGAUGAUAAGAAAAACAUCAACAGUCUGUUUGGUUUAAAGGAAAACUGUUUAAAAGAGUGUGUGAAAAUGCAUGUUGAUUAUGCCCUUUACAUCCCAGGAUCUAGCCAAGAAGCUCAGUCACAGAAAAUCGGCCUGCUGACUUUUGGAAAGACCUCAGAAGAAAAAGAACACAAAUAUGGAAAUGUUGAGUUAAAAAAAGGUGUGACACCAUCAGCAGAAAGGUUACCAGCAGAAGACCUUUUAAUCAACUCCACACAUGUUGCUACCAUUCCAUGUGUAUCUAGCCCUUCGGUGUUUUGGAUCCAAACACAUAACUACUCAGUUGAGCUGCUUGAAGUGAUGCAUUGUAUGUAUCGUUUAUUCAAAGAGUCAGAAAACAAAGAAAUGGUAUGCAAUCCAACUGUUGGACUUUUCUGCGCAGCGAAGGCAGAAGAUGGUGAAUUCUACAGAGCAACUGUGUGUGAAGUUGGUAAGAUGCAAAUCAAGGUUUUUCUUGUUGACUUUGGAAACACUGAAUAUGUUGAACGAACCGAUGUCAGAUCUCUUCCAGAAUAUCUGAAAAAACUGCCACGUCUUGCACUGAAAUGUAGCCUGGCUGGGGUCAAACCCGUAGAUGGAGAAUGGAGCCAAAGUGCCAUUGAGUUUUUUACCAAAGCAGUCACAAAGAAAGCCCUUAAAGUUCGUGUCAUUGCAAAAUGUGAUGACAACUAUGUUGUCCGUCUGACUGAUCCAGAAGCUGAACGGGAGAAGGACCUCAGUACUUUGCUGUGUACUUGGAACUUGGCUGAAAAAACUGAAAGUAAAACCAAAGCCACUCAGUUUACGCAGGAUGCUUUCUUCAACUAUUCACAAGUCAGACCUUCAGAUCAACAUAAAAACAGAACUGCUCCCGUCAUCAGGAAAAGAAAACAUCCCAUUUUCAAGGAGCACAUGUUUUCCAUUGGGAGCGUUCUUGAUGUCUCUGUGUCAUACAUUGAAAGCCCAAGUGACUUCUGGUGUCACUUGGUACAAAGUUCUGGUCAUUUGAAAAUGCUGAUGCACGACAUGCAGAUGUAUUACGAUGACAGUGUGUUUGUGCCUUUUCGAGACACAGCCUGUGUUGCAUGUCAUCCUGACAACAGAAUGUGGUACAGAGCCUUUGUAAUUCGCAAACAUGAGACACCGCAUGUGGAUGUUUUGUUUGUUGAUUAUGGCCAGACAGAAACCGUCCCUGUGUAUGACCUUAGAAGGAUAUGUCCAGAGUUUUUAACUCUUCCAGGUCAGGCUUUUCGUUGCAGUCUUUUGAACCUCACUGACCCCACAGCUACUGUUAGCCAGUGGACUGAUGAGGCAAUCGCCAGGUUUUACAACUUUGUGGAAAAUGCUGCCUCCCAGUUCUACAUUUUGAAGUGUACCAUAUAUGCCGUCAUGUUCAAUGAGCAGAAAAUUGUUUUCAACAUUGUGGAUCUAGAAACACCCUUCGAGAGCAUCUGCACCAGCAUGGUCAAUCUCGCCAAAAGAAGCUCUUCACAACCACUCAUCUCUGCACCCUCUUUUUGUCUGGACUCUUACUACUACUCUACACACAAUGUCAAAACUGGGACAGAGGAAAAAAUGACAGUGACCUGUGUGAACAGUGUCAGUCAGUUCCACUGUCAUCUUGAGAGGAACGCUGAUGUAAUUCAAGAUCUCAGGAUGAAAGUGAACAAACUUUGCCAUCAGCUAAAGAAUAUUAAGGUACCAUCAGUCUUUGGAACUUUGUGCUUUGCCAAGUACACUGAUGGACACUGGUACAGAGGACAGAUCAAGGCUACAAUACCAGCCAUUCUAGUUCACUUUGUGGACUAUGGUGACACUAUUCAGGUAGACAAACGUGAUUUGCUUCCUGUACCUAAAGAGGCUAAUGACAUCAUGUCUAUCCCUGCGCAAGCCCUUGUUUGUGGUCUUUCUGAUGUCCCCACCAAUGUCCCUAAAGAGGUCAACAGCUGGUUUGAGAAAUUUGCAACAGAGUCCACAUUUUGUGCCCUGGUGGUUGCCAGAGAACCUGAUGGUAAACUGCUGGUUGAGCUCUACCACAAAAGCACUCUAAUAAAUUCAAAGAUCAAGACAAUCUUUCAGAUUGAGACGAAGAACCCCGAGAAAGCACCAGAAUCCUCAGCAGAACAUGAGCAAAAUCAUCGGAAAUAUUCCUCGAAGCUACUCCCACUUUUUUUUAACAGAACACAUGAUGUCAAGAAAACGUCCAACCAAAAUCCAGAACAACAAAUUAUCAGUCAGAUGGUACCUGUCAACAUGAAUGAGCACUCGGCACCAAAGCCUUCACCUCCCACUCGUGAUGGUCAGAAGAAAGCCCUUUCUGUACAACUGUAUAUACCUCCGGCCAAGAGAAAGUCAUGUGAAAAGAUGUUGAUCAAUAUGGACAAUAUCUCUGAGUCUGCAAGAAUUGAGGCUACACCAACAGAGGAACAGCCUGUGAAAUCCAGCCCACCUGCCAGAGACUGCAAAAACACUGCUGAACUCCCUAAACUUACUGAGUUGCCUUUAAAAGCCAUCAGCUCAGGUAUGGAAGCAGAAGUUUAUGUCUCGCACUACAACAGCGCAUUGAGUUUUUACAUUCAACUUGUCCAGGAGGAGGAUGAAAUAUUUUCAGUUUAUGAAAAGUUGAACAAUCCAACAUCAAUCCAGAACCAAACGGGUGGCAUCAGUGAAGUACACCCAGGGGACCUCAUUCAAGCAGAGUAUGCUGAUGAUUCUUCUUGGUACCGAGCUGUUGUUAAAGAAAUUCACAGCAACUCAAUGGCUCAUGUUGAGUUCAUUGAUUAUGGGAAUACAGCCAUCAUACCAUUUUCCAAGAUGAGUAGACUUGACCAGUCUCUCUUAUUGCUUCCCAUGUACAGCACACACUGUACCCUGAGAGAUGUUGGGGAAGAAACACUGGAGAUGAUGUUGAAUUUUGAAGAAGCGGUGUGUGGUGAUGGAAACAAAAAGUUCAAAUGCCACUUUAUCAGGCAGUCUGUUGGAUCUGUCUGGGAAGUCAGCCUAGAAGACAAUGCGAAUGUACUUACCUGUUUGCCCAGUGGUCCAGAAAUGACUCUAGAUCAACUUGAACAGGAAAAGAAAACCCCAAGACAAGACACAAACGAAUCCCCUCUCAGUUCAUACUGUCGUCAAGAGAGUCCAGAAAUGCAACAGUUAAAGGGCUACAUUGCCACUCUGAAUAACAAUCUUUCCUUUUGGUGUCAGUGUGCUGAUUCCAAAGAGCUCGACGAAAUAAUGUCACAGAUCUCGAGAGUUGCGAAUACAGCUGAUCACCAUCCUAUCGAUGUCGGUCUUCUGUCCACUGGCAACCCAUGUCUUGCUCUAUUUCCAGAUGAUCAACAGUGGUACCGUGCACAAGUAAUCGACAAAAAUGGGAAUGAGCUGUCAGUUUUUUUUGUGGACUAUGGAAAUAUAGCUCAAGUCAGUAUCACGGAGGUUCAGGAGAUACCUGCUGACUUGGUUGAGCCGCCUCCACAGGCCUUUUUAUGUGAGUUAGAAGGCUUUGAUUCGUCAUGUGGAUGUUGGGCCAGUGGUGCAUUUGAAGAGCUUUCUGAACUCACGAAAGACAAGUUGUUGGAGUUGACCGUCACCAAAGUACAAAGAGGUAAGAAUCGCCUCAAAUAUUACGUAGAGAUAGAAUGUGAAGGACAGAGGAUCAGUGAGAAGAUGAGAACAUGGUGGAACAGCUCCACCACAGAGAACAAUCCUGAAGGUAAAUCAUUGCUGCAGGGUAACUCAACUGGUUCAGAAACUGCAAUAUCUGAAAGACUGUCAGAUAUUCCUCAAAGUACAGAGAUAGAAGAAGAUGAAUGUGCUUCUGACCCCCAAGGAGAGCACAUUUAUGAACACGACGCAGGGGCAGAUGAGGUCAAGUUCUUAUGUAGUCCAGAGACUUGUGAAACGUCUGAAGUUCCGAAGUCUACUGCUGAGCUGUCACAAAAUGGAGAUCAGACAUUUCCUGAUCACAAUAUGGAUGGUGAACCUAAAAGAAGUGUUAUCCCUGAAGAUGUGUCCGACAGUGAUAUAACAGAAGCCACUCUAGCCCCACCUGCUGACCAAGACGUUUUCUUGUUGGGUUGUGACGAGGACUGUGAGGAAAGUGCUGCCGACCACUCUACCACCAAGCUUAGUUCAGAUCAAGACAAAAGCUGUGAUGAAAACAAGACUGACAAUUCAAGUGAUGGUUCUCUUACCAGUUCCACAGCAGCAAGAAUGGUUCCAUGUCAAGAUUUUAAUCCAAUGAAGAGUACUGACCUCCGCAAGUCACCAUUUUUAAUUUCAGAAGACUCGAAGCAGGUCCAGAACAAUGCCUUUGAAACUACAGUAUAUGCUGCGGACACUGUGGACGACAAGGAGAAAACCAUGAUUGUAAACGAAACCUCCGAACUCCAAACAGAUUCUGCUCUGCCAUGUGACAGUGACUCUGAAAUUUACCUCCCUGCAUUGAGCCACCUGGUGGAGGAUUUGACUCACAGCGUUGGAAUGAGCAGUUUGACAGAUGUCUUUACAGACCAAUGUCAACAGUCUGAACCAGAGGAGAGUGAAGAUGAGAAAUAUACAUCACCUGAACAAGAAAAGGAGAGCAGUCCUUCAGGAGAAGUGCCUUCCACUGAUGACAGUUUAGAAGUCCAGCUGGCAAAGACAACCCAUCUGCCUCUGAUCAUCAUCGAUAGUUCUGGUGAUAUGGCACACAUGUCAGAGGAGUAAUGACUUCCUGAUUACUCUCUGAUGGACACUUUGUUUAACUGUUCGAAUAGAAAGAUCCGAGUUCAUCUUUUGCUUGUUGCUUUGUUCAUUAAUGGAGCUGAACCUCCAUCUAUUUUGCUAUUAGCAUUUAUUGUUAAAAACACUCCUACAGAAGUUAUUAGUUAGUUGAGAGUCUAAACUGUUUCCUCUUCUGUUUUGAUACAUUGCCCAGAAAACUUUUUUUUAUCACAUGUUGAGAAUUUUUGUUUUCUUUGAAGCCUGAUUUAAAUGUUUGCAGAAGGCCUUGGGGAAAAAAAGGCACACUUUGAGUUUUUUUGCAUGAGAAUAUUCACUCCAUAAAGAGCACUUUGAGGUUUUUUUUGCAUGAAAAUAUUCAUUCCAUAAAGAGCCAUUUAUGUUUGUGUACAAUAAAUAUCUAAACGAAUCUUUACCAAUAUUGCUGAUUUUGGUAUUCUGUUUAUGUCAAAAUGUAGUUCCUCAUGCUGUCCUGUAGGUGGUGCAUUUGAAGCUCUAUUUAUAAUUCAAGCUUGACUGUUUGAAGCAGGGUUCAGAUCUGGCAACCCAGAGCUCUGCAAAGCUUUAAUAUAUUAUUUUUUUUAUAACUGUGAGCAAACAAACCAGGAAGUCAACAAAUGUUUGAGAUGACAAUAUACAAACCAGAUUUAUUAUUCAUUUAUGGUUACCUAUAGUAAGAGUAAAAAAAAAAAAAGCAAUGGAAAUAGUAGUGCACUCUCCUGCAGCCUUGUAGUGU